CAGUUGAGUGGUCUUGGAUGAGAGGAUACUCACAAAGAAACAACCCUCUCCGUCUUGUGCAAGUAUAAACCGGGACCGGACAAUUUACCUCUCUCUCUCUGUCUAUGUAUAAGGCUUCUGAGGUACAUCAGUCGUAACUAUUGUCUGUAUGAUAAAGCACUCAAGCGGAGGUAACGGGUCCUAAACAUGAACCGGUUGAGGAGGAGUGCUGCGAGCAAAACACUACAGCUGCUUCUCUUAAUUUUGUGCACAACAAAGACGAAAGCAGCCAAUCUGAUUGAUGUAUUACGGGUACUGGAGCUGUCAGAAAAAAUGGAGGGGGUGUCAGUAGAGGCCGGUCUGUGCACUCAGAGGAAGGACACCACAGACACAGACAUGGCAUACAGGAUAGACAAAAAGAUUCAACUCAGUGCCCCAACUAAACAGCUUUAUCCAGGCUCGGAGUUCCCUGAGAACUUCUCUCUGAUGACCACAGUGAAGGCAAAGAAGAACUCUCAGUUCUUCCUGCUGUCUCUGUAUGAUGAGCAGGGAGUUCAGCAGCUGGGGCUUGAGGUGGGCCGGUCACCUGUAUUCCUCUAUGAAGACCACAGAGGCCAACCCUCCCCAGAUCUCUACCCAAUUUUUAAGAAAAUCAACAUGGCUGAUGGAAAAUGGCAUCGGAUAGCUUACAGUGUGGAGGGCAAGUCUGUUACACUGUACCUGGACUGUAAGAAGGUGCAGACACUGGAAUUGAUGCGUGGAGACAGUCCUGUGGUCAGCACGGAGGGCGUUGUUGUGUUCGGGACUCGACUGCUAGACGAGGAGGCGUUUGAGGGAGAGAUUCAGCAGCUACUGCUCGUGGAUGACCUUCAGGCUGCGGCUGACUAUUGUCAAGACUACAUUCCCGAUUGUGAUAAACCUUUGCCCUACAGUGCCCAGAGCCUGGACCCUGAACAGGCCACUCCCAUCCAUAACCUUGAUGAAGUCAUGCAGAAAGAUCAGCCAGAGGAAAAAAAGAAACACCCCAAAAAAGACAGAAAGGGCAAAAAGAACAAAAGAAAGAGGGAUAAGACAUCUAAGAAAGGGGGCAAAAAAGAAUCCCGGAAGAAGAAAAAGGAGGCAGAAGCUCUAGAACAAGGUUUUCUUGAGGUGUCUUCUAAGCUCCCGGAGUAUUUGGCCCAAGAACCUCAGCGUGGAACUCCACCAGCUACAACAGAGCAGCCCACACCCCCUAAAACAGAGCAGCCAAAAUUACCUGUUGAUACUCCUGCGAUAACUGUUGACAAGAUGGACUCCAUACCUGACAUGCCUACUCACGAACCUGAUGCUUAUCAGGAGGAUCCCACUUUACUGCCCACUGCGGUUCCUGAGUCAAAUCUUGACGACCAUACUGCAUCGCCCCCUGCACUUCCUGACUACCCAAAGAUGGAGGUGGAGGAGGAGAGGCCGAUUAAAACACCAGAGGUCGAGGAGUUUAGUGAAGACCUUUAUAGCGAUCAGCAAGAUGCACUUUUGGUCUCCACUGUGACGGUUGGCCCCAAUAUCACAGAGUAUGAGCUCACUGAGUAUUAUGACUUUAAAAAUGGCUCGGACAGCUUUGAGCAGGUAUAUGAAGAGUAUGAGGUUUAUGAGGACCGUUUUGACCAAGCAGAGAGGGAGAAAGCAGGCACAUGGAAUGGAGAGAGCAGCAAAUUUGAGAAAGGGCAAAAGGGAGAGCCAGCUAACCUUGAACCAGGCACAUUUUUUGAAGGACCUCCUGGCCCACCAGGACCACCAGGUCUUCCAGGAAUUGCUGGCAUCACAGGCCCCCCAGGACCCAGUGGAGACCCAGGUGAUAGGGGACCAGAGGGACGUCCAGGCCUCCCUGGUGCUGAUGGGAUACCUGGUCCUGCAGGCACUUUGUUGAUGUUACCCUUCCAUUAUGGAGGAGACUCUCAGAAGGGGCCUGUGGUAUCUGCUCAAGAGGCACAGGCUCAAGCCAUAUUGCAACAGACCAAACUAUCACUGAAGGGCCCUCCAGGUCCAUUAGGUCUCACAGGGAGGCCAGGCCCAAUGGGUCUUCCUGGUCCAAGUGGACUAAAAGGGGACAGUGGAGAGAGUGGGCAUCUGGGUCCACAUGGGUUGCCAGGUCCUUCAGGUCUUAAUGGAAAACCAGGGAAGAGGGGCCGGUCAGGGGCAGAUGGAGGUCGAGGGGCUCCUGGAGAGACAGGAGGAAAGGGUGACAGGGGCUUUGAUGGACUACCUGGUGUUCCAGGGAACAAAGGACACAGAGGAGACAGAGGAAAACCAGGAGCCCAUGGUCCAGCUGGAGAGACUGGUGACAAGGGUUCAGAUGGACCUGUUGGACCAAGAGGACAACCAGGAGAAUCUGGGCCAAGAGGACUUGUGGGGACAAAAGGGCCACCUGGUCCACCUGGGCAGCAGGGAAUUCAAGGUGUGGAUGGUGUUCAAGGCGCAAAAGGCAACUUGGGGCCGUCAGGUGAACCUGGCCCUCUGGGUCAACAGGGGAACCCAGGCAUGCAGGGCUUCCCUGGUCCGCAGGGGCCUAUUGGCCUGCCAGGAGAGAAGGGCCCUCAAGGGAAAACUGGAAUGCUGGGAUUUCCCGGGAUUGAUGGUCCUCCAGGUCAUCCUGGAAGAGAGGGACCCUCUGGGGAAAAGGGACACCAGGGUUUAUUGGGAGCACAGGGGCCUGUUGGAUAUCCUGGGCCUCGUGGAGUGAAGGGCACAGAUGGGGUGAGGGGACUGAAGGGUAGCAAAGGCGAAAAGGGCGAAGAUGGUUUCCCAGGGUCCAAGGGUGACAUGGGCAUCAAAGGAGACAGAGGCGCUAACGGGGCUCCUGGAAAUCAUGGUGAAGAUGGCCCAGAGGGCCCGAAGGGUCAGUCAGGUCCCUUGGGAGAGUCUGGAUCUGCAGGCAUUGUUGGAGAAAAGGGCAAACUUGGUGUUCCAGGAUUGCCUGGAUAUCCAGGCAGACAGGGCUCCAAGGGAUCGGUGGGCUUUCUCGGAAUAGCUGGGUUGGCAGGAGAGAAAGGGAAGAGGGGUCCUGCUGGGCAGCCUGGUCUAGAUGGUGAACGUGGUCCAAAUGGUUCACGUGGAGGAAGAGGAGGACGAGGGCCGACAGGGAAGCCUGGAGCCAAGGGCUCUGCUGGUCAUGAUGGCCCUCAAGGUGCCACAGGAGACAGAGGUCCUCAAGGGCCACAAGGACGAAAUGGAGAGGCGGGACCAAAGGGACCCAAUGGCCCUGCAGGAAAGGAUGGGGUGCCAGGUCAUCCAGGCCAGCGCGGGGAGCCGGGAUUUCAAGGUAAGACCGGUCCCCCCGGGCCUGCUGGAGUGGUUGGACCACAGGGAAACAAUGGGGAAACUGGUUCCAUUGGUGACAGAGGACAUCCAGGUGCCCCAGGACCCCCUGGAGAGCAAGGUCUGCCAGGGUCUGCAGGAAAAGAGGGAACCAAGGGAGAUCCAGGCCCUGCCGGGCUGCCAGGCAAGAGUGGCCCUGCUGGGUAUCGUGGAUUUAGAGGAGAAAGAGGCUUACCUGGCACUCCGGGUUCUGCUGGUCUGAAAGGUGGGGAGGGCCCUCUUGGAGUUGCAGGACCAAUUGGUGCCAUGGGAGAGAGAGGGCCUUCUGGAUCUGCAGGUGCGAUUGGGCAGCCAGGUCGUGUAGGAGGCGUCGGCCCUGCUGGCCCAAUGGGAGAAAAGGGCGAGCCAGGUGAGAAAGGUCCUAUUGGCCCUGCUGGGCGAGAUGGAGAACAAGGGCCUCUGGGUUUACCUGGGCCUGCAGGGUCACCUGGUCCACCUGGAGAGGAUGGAGAUAAGGGUGAGACAGGAGGACCAGGGCAGAAAGGCGGCAAAGGAGACAAGGGAGAGGCGGGGCCUUCAGGGCCACUCGGGAGCCAAGGACCAGCCGGACAUCCUGGAUUACCGGGUCUGGAUGGAGAGCCUGGGCCCCGAGGACAACAGGGGAUGUUUGGGCCGAAAGGAGAUGAAGGAGCACAAGGUUUUAAGGGGGGGACUGGACCAAGCGGGUUGCAGGGAAUGCCAGGACCUCCUGGAGAUAAGGGAGAGAGUGGCCAUGUUGGAUCUAUGGGCCCUCCAGGACAACAUGGUCCACGUGGCCCCCAGGGACCUAUUGGGGGAGAGGGUCCUCAAGGCAUUCCAGGCGGAGUGGGCCAGCCAGGAGUGGUGGGAGAAAAGGGUGAAGACGGAGAAGCAGGAAGUCCAGGAAAUCCAGGGGAAACUGGCCCACCCGGAGAAAAGGGUGAGGUGGGUGAGAAGGGUGAUACUGGCCCCCCUGGGGCCUCAGGACCCCCAGGAAUCAGAGGCAUCCCUGGAGCAGAUGGACCCAGAGGAAACCUAGGCCCCCUUGGUUUCCCUGGAGACCCGGGCCCCUCUGGAGUGUCAGGUGCUAAUGGUAUGGAUGGUGGACCAGGAGCCAAAGGGGAUAAUGGAGAUCCUGGUAAAGCUGGGCCCCAUGGAGCCUCAGGGGAGCCUGGCCCUCCAGGACCACCUGGACGGAGGGGUCAUGUAGGUCCUGUAGGAAAAGAAGGGAAACAGGGGAAGAAAGGGGCCAAGGGUUCUGCUGGCACUGAGGGUCCGAUGGGUAAGACAGGGCCUGUGGGGCCUCAGGGACAACCUGGAAAUCCUGGUCCAGAGGGACUGCGUGGGAUUCCAGGCUCUGCUGGGGAACAAGGGUUAAAUGGGCCCCCAGGACAAACCGGACCCCCUGGCCCUAUGGGGCCAGCUGGAUUACCCGGGCUGAAAGGAGAUUCCGGCAUUAAGGGGGAUAAGGGUCAUGGUGGGCUUAUUGGACUGAUUGGACCUCCAGGAGAGUUGGGGGAGAAAGGAGAUCGAGGGCUGCCAGGAAAUCAGGGACUACAAGGCCCCAAAGGAGAUGGUGGUGUUGCUGGUCUCCCUGGCCCUACCGGCCCACCGGGACCCCCUGGGUUGUCUGGUGUCAUUGGUGAGAAAGGGUCUAAAGGAGAUGAGGGAGCCAUCGGUCAAAAAGGAGAUACAGGACCUUACGGCCCGCCUGGCCCACCUGGCCCGCCAGCCACCAUGAUUGAGCCACUGCCAAUUAGAGAUGGGCGUAAAAAGCGAAGGAGACACUCAAAUCGACAAGGAGCUGGAACCAGGCAAGAGUCUGAGGAGGAGGAAGAAAUUCAACUGAACAUGGAGGACUUCCUACAGGCAGACGAGCCAUUGGAUGAACCAGAGGGCAUGGAGGAGGUGUUUGCAUCACUCAACUCAAUGAAAACAGAGGUGGAGCUCAUGAGAAAGCCACUUGGGACCUUUGAGAGUCCCGCUCGCACUUGCAAGGAGCUGAUGUUGUGUCACCCAGAAUACAAAGACGGUGAAUAUUGGAUUGACCCAAACCAAGGGUGCCACAAAGACUCCAUCAAGGUGUUGUGCAACUUUACCGCAGAGGGGGAGACCUGUCUGCACCCUGAUAAACGUUUUGAAAUGGUGAAGCUGGCCGCCUGGAACAAAGAGAAACCGGACAGUUGGUACAGCCAGUACAGAAAGGGCAAGCAGUUCUCGUACAUUGAUGCUGAUGGAAACUCAGUGCCCGUGGUGCAGCUGACCUUCCUGAAGCUCCUCAGUGCUACAGGCAAGCAGACCUUCACCUACACCUGCCAGAACUCCAUCGGCUGGUACGACUUGACCAGCCACAGCCACCAGCAUGCCGUGAGGUUCCGCGGAGGCAACGACGAGGAGAUGACACAAGCCAAAUCAUCCUUUAUCACAUCACUGUAUGAUGGUUGUCAGACACGUAAGGGUCAAGACAGGACAGUGCUGCAGAUAGACUCUCCACGAUCAGAGCUGCUUCCAAUCCUAGAUAUAGCAGUAUCGGACUUUGGAAAUAACAACCAGAAGUUUGGAUUCCACAUUGGACCAGUCUGUUUUAACGGCUAACGCCAAGCACCUCAUCGAAAGACUUAUUAACUAAAGAAUCAAAGCCACAAGCGGUAUUUAUUAUGUAUGGAAUAUGUAAGCGGUAGGUUUGUGACCAUUUUUAAAUGACUUUUGAAUAUCUGAUGGACUACAAAAACCCACAAUUUUCAUGGUGGCAAUUCAGGGAUGCCAGCCAGGAAGAACCAAGCACAUUUAUCAAAGGGAAGUCUUUCAUUUUUUUAUCUCAUUUUCUGUCUCUUUUUGUACUCUACUCACCUGUGGAUUAAAUUAUGAGGCGUGACCCUUUAUAGUUAAAAGAACUGCUCCAGCUGAACCUGACGUUUCCAAAAAAAUAUAUCAUUUUAGUUUAGUAAAGGCCAUUUUCCCCCACAGCAUAUUUGUUGAAUUUACUGUCAUUGUUGCAGAUUUCUUGUUUGUUUAUCUUAAUAGAAAGUAAUGAUUUUAAAUUAUUUGCCAAAAAAAAAAAAAAAAUGUCCUGCUUGAUUGCAAUGUGAUGCCAACUGAGGCAAAGUAAUACCUCUUUACUAGCUUUGACAAGAACCAUAAUAUAAGAAGAAUAUCCUUGGAUAUUCUCUGUCACAUCAAACUUGCAGUGUUACUCAUCUUUAAUCAGUGUACACUCAUACAUAAACAAUAUUAAAUACGGCCCGAGCUUUUCCAAAUGCAAAGCAGUCUAUGUGAAUGACUCAAAUGGAGCCCAGCUGCUUAUUAAUAUGUAAAGUAGUCCGCUCACUUAAGCUGCUUGUCUUGUUAGCGGGCCGUCUAGUAUGUUUGCCUGUCAGUGAUCCAUGUUUCCAUGGUGCCAGCGUAUCAGCCUUUGCUCCACACAGUUGAGUUGGUUCAUAUGUAUGUGGUAAUGAAUGAGAAUGAUGUCGUUGCUUUGAGAGAGGGGUGUCAUACAAGCAUUACACUGAAGAUUGGCUAAAUUAUACUUCCUUUUUGUGUAAACUCAUCCAAAUGAAUUCAUGAUAAGUUCAAAUGCCUGAUCAUGAACCUCAGAGGGAUUUAUUUUUUGUUUUGCUGUUUAUAUGUGUUGAUAUGUCACCUUGAUUGUUGUGAUGUAAAUGUGUUACAAUACCGUGGUGCUAUUUUUUUUUUUGCUAUAUGUAAUGUUAAUUGUUUGUUGUCUCAGAGGGCAGAGUCAGGAAAAGGGAAAAUUACAUCUGUGGUGCUUAAUACCAAUAGAAGCUGGGAGAUAAAUACUCUCAGAAAUGCUAAUGCUGUAAUAUAAAGCCAGUAUGGUGCAAAUCUAGUGGUCGACCGAUAUAGGUUUUUCAAUGGCCAAUACAAUGCCUAAAGAGCAGGUUGGACAAUUAAAUGCUGAUGUAGUACACAUAAUAUAUAUAGGAUUCUUUAUCAAAGUGACUUAAAGUGCAUUCAUGGUAUACAUUUAAGCAGUUUGUGCAUUCCCUGGGAAUCAAUCCCAUGUCAUUGGCAAUGCUAAUGCUCUGCUCUACCAGUUGCGUUACAGGAAAUAUGUUCUAAUGCAAUUACAAAUGUUCCCAAAAAACAUACACAAAAUUGCUGAAAUAAAAUUUUACAUGUUCACAUUUUAAACAAUAUUGGAAACAAAAAUGUUUGUUUUUUAUUAUAAAUUAAUAAAUGUUAUUAUUCUCUUGGACAUAGCCAAGGGGAACUAGCAAAUCUGUUUAUCUGCUAAGCGUGUUCGGUUAUCUGAGUGUGUAUACAUGCACAGCAAUACGCUGUAAUUAACAAAAAAACAGCUUUAUCAAAAAAUCUUCUUUUGAUGUCAAAAUGUAAACGGGUUUGUGCAUAACACUUGUAUACAUUGAAUAAGCUGGUAAGAAUGGCGGUAAUGGUGUUUACAUGCAGUGCGAAUCCGCGAUACUGUGCAAAAAUCUACACGUGCUGAUCGGUUUUAGGUAAAAAAAAAAAAGUUUAAGAAGUUAAAAUUACAUUGUUGACUUAUUAAGCAUAAUUAAUGUAAGAUUUUGCAUGUAAAUGCACUCUUUUAUUGGUUUGAUUACCAAUGCCGAUAAUCUCAAAAUGGCCAAAUAUCGUCUGAUAUAUCGGUCAAUCUCUAUCCUUCGAGACUUUAUUAACAGUACCCCCAUCUUUUUUUUUGACAGGAAUGAAAACGAGGCUCUGUGGGAUAGAUGUACGGUCUCUUCAAUGACAUACACUGUAAAAAGCUAUCAGAAAGCUCCUAGAUUGCAUCUAAUUUUCCACAAAUCAUGUUGUCUGGAGUUAUGUGUCUAGUGAAAACUUUAAAUAACAGUUCAACCCACUGAAGAAACUGUAUGUCUAUUAGAGGUCUGCAACCCGACCACGCCCGACAGUAGUGAACGGCCCCUCAUCCGUUCACACGUGUCUGUGAGCGAGAGUGCAUGGGUAAAACAAGUUCAGAAGGCCUUUACAUUUUUUCAUAAAUUACAAACUCGAACCUAAAAUCCUGCUGACCCAACCCCAGCAGCUUUGUGAACCGCUCUGAGACCACAGACAACAGCAUAUUCAUGCGUAUACCCAGACAACAUAUCACCCCUGAAGCGUUUUUUGCAGAACUUUCCUACCGGGGCGGGGGCCCCCGACAAAGGGGGCGCCAUGCAAUUGCAUGGUUUGCGUGGUGGUUAAAACCGCUACUGGAAAUGGAGAAAGGGAGCGCAAUCAUUUGGAUUAAACUGUGCUUUGCAGUUUACCAACCAUGCAACAUAAUACCACGAUACCACUGCGUUUACAGAUGAUUGUACUAUAUCAAACAGUAUAUAAUGCUGAAUAUAAUGUAUAAUAAUCUGAAGGAUCCUGAUAUUUGGUAGUCCUGAUAAUGCCAAAUGUAAUUAAAUGUAUACUAUGGCAAACAUUAUUUUACUGGAUAAGCAUACUUAAAAUGUAAAUAUUCCGUGACAGUGUACAAGCAUAUGAUUCAAACAUAAUUUAGUUUUUUUCAGAUGGCUCCAUUUGCACUCCAUCCCUGAUGGAUCAUUGUAUUCUUUAAUGAACAGUCAUUUUUGUUAAGUUUAACAAGUAAUGAAAGAAAGUUGCCUGGGUAUCUCAGCGAGUAAAGACGCUGAGUACCACCCCUGGAGUCGCGAGUUAAAAUCCAGUUCGUGCUGAGUGUCUCCAGCCAGGUCUCCUAAGCAACCAAAUUGGCUCAGUUGCAAGGGAGGGUAGAGGCACAUGGGGUAACCUCGUGGUUGCUAUAAUGUGGUUCUCGCUCUCGGUGGAGCACGUGGGGUAUUGUGCAUGGAUUCCGCAGAGAAUAGUGUGAAGCCUCCACACGUGCUAUGUCUCUGCGGUAAUGUGCUCAACAAGACACAUGAUAAGAUGCGCGGAUUGACGGUCUCAGAUGAGGAGGCAACUGAGAUUCGUCCUCCACCACCCGGAUUGAAGCAAGUCACUAUGCCACCACAAGGACCUAGUGCACAUUGGGAAUUGGGCAUUCCAAAUUGGAGAGAAAAGGGGAGAAAAGUAAUGAAAGGAAAUGUUUUGUAUAUGUCCUGAAAGUAAUAAUAAUAAUACAAAAUUCAAACGUUAAUUAUCAUGAUUCAGGCUUUGUUCAACGUUCUGUGAGUAUAGAAUCAUGAAUUUAGUACUGUAAAUCAAACCAAAUCCUUACACCCUUUAUCAUUUCUACUUAAAAAAAAAUUAUGUUAUCUUAAUGAAAUCCAGGAUAUAAAAUGUUGUUUUUUAUUCGAUUAAUCGAAGAAAUAAUCAAAGAUUAAUCGAUUAUCAAAUUAAUCGUUAGUUGCAGCCCUAGCACUAUUGUGAAUAAGAUCAAUACUAACUUCAAUCCCAUCCAUCCUGAACUCUGACCUCUCCUGUGUAUUGUGUCUAUGCUACUAAUUUUACAUAGUGUACAGUUAAUCUAAAGUAUGAUUGAUAAUAAUAAUCUGUUGCCUGACAGUUGCAUAUGUGAAAAAAUUAUGAGUGAAUUAAAAAACUCUUGAA